AUUGUAAUACUCUUUAUUCUAUGAUUGUAAUCGACUCACUUCAAUGUUUAUGUUAUUAACAAGUUGUCCUGGAAUCUAAAUAUUUCGUACUUGAACGUUGUGUGUUUGCGUUGUUUUUGAAUGUAAAUAAAAGCGAUGUCGUCGAAGAACCAGCCACUGAUAGACGUGCGCGGCGAACUAGCGGAGCUGGUGAAGCGCAAGGCGGAGAUCGCGGAGACUCUUGCUAACCUCGAACGGCAGAUCUACGCGUUCGAGGGCAGCUACCUGGAGGACACGCAGCUCUACGGCAAUAUCAUCCGUGGCUGGGACCGCUACCUCGCCAGCAACAAGAGCACGAACAGCAAGGCGGACAAGCGCAACAGAAAGUUCAAGGGUUCGGAGCGGCUGUUCUCCAAGUCGUCCAUCACGUCGAUGGCGGCCGUGAGCGGGCUGGUGGACCCGGCACACGACAAGGACCGCAGCAGCGAGACCGAGUCCCAGACGGGCAACAGCGGCAGCGAGGACAACGCGGCGGGCAAGGAGUCGGGCAAGAACACCACGACGGCGCACCUCAGCCCUGGCGCCUCCACCAACGGGGCCGUCACCAACGGCACGGCCCUGCUCGAGCGUCCCGGCACGCCCACCAAGGACAUGGCGAAGGACGGCAAGGUCCUGAACCGCUCCGGCGGGCCCAAGAAGAACUCCAGCAAGAAGGCACGCCACCGCUAGCUGCUUCGGCUGGGAGACGCGGAACGCAGGAGUGCGUUCUGCAAGUGCGAAGCAAAAUGAGUUCAUGCUCAGCUUUCCCCUCGCAAGAAAGUGUUUGUGGUUCCAGACGAGGAUUCAUCUACAUCAUGAUGUUUAAAUAAGCAUUUUGUACUAAAUCAAAUUUGAUUAUUUAUACGUGAGCAAACACAGUAUGACUGUAUGGGAAAUCUUUCAUAUUAUACUUUAAAAUUAAUGUGCUCUCACCUAAUUAUUAUCUGUGGAGUUGAAAUUGAGCAAAAAUAUAAUUAGAGAAAUAUUUCUUGAUUCUCUAUGAUGUUACAUCUUGCAAAUGAAUGUGUAGUGCAUCAUGUAAUGUGUGAAAGCUGUUGAAUUGUUUAGAGUUGACUGUCACUCAAGAUUAGUAACCCAAAUUGUGGUACUGUGCAUUGGAGUUACCAAGACUUUGCUCAUUUAUGUACAUGAUGAAUUAUGGUGUAACUGUACCCAUAAUGAUAAUUGUCAUCUGUAAUUGUUGCUUUGACUAUUUUUAUGUUACCUUGACUUGUCUACAUUAGUGUGUUCAUUUUUGUUAUGAUUGCUAAAGUAAAGUGUUACAUUUUUUCCAUCAAGGUUAGCACAGGCAUAUUUAACAAAUAAGAAUCAUAAUUUUAUUUAAAAAUUAUUUUGGAAGUUACAAUUAAAAUGCAUUCACUUAAAAAAAA